AAAAAUGGGAGAAUGUUGCUCAACACAUGUAGAAGAAGAAGUCACAGUGAAGAAGAGAAUCAUUACAGUUUCUACUACUAAUAGAGUUGGAGGAGCUCAAGAUGGUAAGAAGCCUCAAAAGUUCGAAUGGAGUCUUGAUCAAAGACUCAAAGAUGAAAUCAGAGACCUUUAUGAAGAUCACAGACAUAAAAUUGAUGAAGAGCUUGACUCUAGAGAUCAUGUCCAUAAGAAGAACUUCGAGAUGAGGAAUGUUUCAGUCGUACCUGAAGGCUUCUACGAAGGCAGCUGGAACACCAAAUUAAAUCAGAGAGUUGGAGAAGGAAGAAUUGUUUUCCAUAAUGGAGUCUUCUACCAUGGACAGUUUGAGAGAAAUGUCCCACAUGGAGUUGGUCUGAAGAUCUUCCCAAGUGGAGAUAUCUACUUUGGUGAUUUCAUCAAUGGAAAAAUAGAAGGCUUUGGAGAGUACAUUACCAGUGAAGGCACUAGAUAUGAAGGAGACUUUACCAAUAACCUCAAAGAUGGAAAUGGAACCCAAGAAUGGGAGAACGGAGCCUACUAUGAAGGAGGCUGGAAACAAGGUAAAAAACAUGGUAAGGGAAAACUAGAGUUCCCGGACGGCUCAACUUACGAAGGAGGUUUUGUAAAUGACAGGUAUCAUAGCAAAGGCAUCUUCAGAUGGGCUGAUGGCAAGAAAUAUGCAGGCCAAUACCACAAAGGUAAAAGACAUGGAGAUGGCAAAUUCGUGUGGCCAAAUGGUAAGAUAUAUCAAGGAACUUGGAACAAAGGUAAACAAAACGGAGGAGGAAUUUGCUCCAGAGGAGGAACUAAAAGGAUGACUGAAUAUGAAAAAGGAAGACUCACUAAAGUUUAUAGAGAUGAUUGCUUGUAAAUCAACUGCUAAAUGCUCAUAAAGAAGAAGUGCC